AUGUCACUCAGGCAUUGCCCAUCGACCCGCGUUCAGGGCCCUAGAGAGUCCCGUCGCAGUACGAGGACGAGCAGCGAUUACAGCGAGACCGACGCUGGUACCCUACAGCUGUGGAGGUCAUUAUCCGUCGGGUCUUCAUCGACCUCUUCCUCGGAGAGUUCAGAAGAUUCGCAGAGCUUUGGCUCAGAAUGCUCACUGCAGCGCAGACACCAUAUUAAACGGCGUCAGAGACGGCUGAGACCACUCCCAUCACCACCCUCGCCGCCACCGCCGCCACCUGAAUCGCGAGCACCUGGCCGCUUCAUACCACCCUCGCCAACUGCAAAGAUAAGGAGACUACCCGUGCCACCAUUACCUAUAUCAGCAUUUCCCGCCGUGUCUCCAACGAGAUGCUCAUCGCCCAUACCAUCUUCACCGAUGUCACCACCACCCUUACCCGACGAUGUACGCCGAUGGUCUCCGAUACAGAUUGAUUGGGAUGCAGUCAUGGAGGAGGUGCUUGAACGCCUAUAA